ACGGAAGGAUAACGAAACAAUGAAAAGACGCGCCAAAAUUAAAGAAGGAAGAAGAGAAGAUUUCUUAAACCCUAACCCUCGAUUUCAAUUUACAACUCUCUCUCUCUCCAAAUUCAUCCAUUCCAGUUCUUUCUCUGAAAUAUCGACGAAUUAUCACUCACAUUUCAGAAUUUCAGCGUCAAAUCAUCUUCCCCAAAUUUGAGUUACAGAUUAGAAGAGUGAGAGAAAACGAUUUCGAGCAAAUUCAAUUGUUUCGACGAGACCAGAAAUUUCGAUCUUCCAGAUUUUUGAAGAAUUUAUUCAGAAUUCAGAAAGUGAGAAACGGCAUAAACAUUAAGCCUAAACUCGAACGACGACCGCACAUUCGCCGGAGCCGACGACGACGAGCGGUGAGGAAGAGGAACGGAGUCACGAACUUCGAACGAACCUCAAGUCCUCAACCUUCGUCUGCCUUCGAAGUUCGAACGAACGGAGGAGUCAUAGACGAAGCGACGCCGCUAUGCCCACCGCCCACGGCCAAUCGCCGACCUCCCGAAUCCCGACCCUGACGCGGUGACGCCCAGUCAGUCGUCAGUCAUUCAGAGCCUUUUGACUUUUGAGGGAUAUUGGGAGUUGGGACUGCAAUCAAAUACACUACAUCCUUGCUUACACAUUUUUACAAACAAGCAGAACUUGAGAAGAGCUUGUUUAUGGCAAAUUAUUAUGACAUCGAUGAUAUCCUUGCAGAGGAGGAGCUUAUCCCGGUGGUGUUCCAGAAGGCAGCAACUGGAGUAGGCCUCCUAGAUCCCAGUUCUGAAACAAACAAUAUUGAACAGGGAGCAAAAGUGGAGUUGCCUUUCUGGCUUGCUAACGAGUUGAAUACAAGACAAGCAGUCGUUAUGAGCAUUCCAUCUUGCUUCAAUCAAAUGACAAGGAAAGAAAUACAGGCUGAUCCUGGAUCUGUUGAUCUUCGAAAUCGAUGUCAAUAUUUCUAUGAACUAGGCUGCAAGAUAGCACCUACGGCUGGUGAUAGAACGAUUGGGUCCUUCCUCUUGUAUGCAUUUAAGAACAGGUAUAAGGAAGUGCUCAGCAAAGCCCAUACUGCAACUUUAAUUGCUUCAACAAAGCCCUUAACUCUGCUUACUAAAGAAGAAACUCGCUUGUGUGAAGCAGCGCAGUCCUCAAUGACAUCUUUCAAGAAGUGGAGAAUGGGAGGCUCGCGAUUUGAAAUACCUUCUGUUCUUGGGAAGAAGAGAAAACCUUCUGAAUGAUUUAUAUAUUUUGUCUCUCAGUGGAAUGUUGCUUUGAAUGUUAAAUUUCAUGUUAUUAUCAACUCGAGGAGGAAAAGGGAAGAUCCUUUAUGAUCUUUAAAGAUGAUGAUGCAUCUCUUCUAAUUUUGUCAUUACUGAUCGCCGAUACUCCCAUUUUUCCGUCAAGAUGAAUGGAUGAUGUGCUGAUGUGCAUUUCUCAGGAGUAUGCAGGUCUGUGCAAGCCACGGAUUAGUGUUUAACUCGUGGUGUGUUUACAAGGAUUCUGAAAAAGAAGAAAGGGAGAGUGCAAAGGAGGGAAAAAGGACAAUAAAUGGCAUGAUACUGCAAGAAGGGUUUCAAUCUCAUAAUAAUAGUCUGGCACAUGAGAUUUCCAUGGUUUGAUAAUUCAACUUUUGAUUUAUUUCUUUCUUUUAACUUGAUCCUUUGGUAGUCGUUAAUAAAUGUGGUAGUGAGAAUGAAUUUUUAGUGUAAUAUUACAAAUGAAGUACUCUUAAAAUCUCUAUGAGGAGACAAUUUUAAUCCUAA